AUGGAAGAAUUAGAAAUUUUAAGAAAAAAGUUAUAUUCAAUUCAAAGACAAGAUAAUACUCAAAAAUUAUCAGAAAGGAAUUGUAUUGAAAUAAUAGUUAAAAUGAUUGAUUUGAAAAUGAUUGAUAUAAUUCAUUCAUUAGAUGGCAAAGAAUAUAUAACACCAAAACAAUUAGAGAAUGAAAUUAAAGAUGAAAUUUUAAAAUGUGGUGGUAGAGUUGUAGUUUGUGAUCUUCAAUCAAUACUAUCGAUUGAUAUCAUUCAUAUUGAAGAAGCUUUAGAGAAAUUAAAAAAACGUGAUAAAUCAAUUCAAAUCUAUCAAGGUGAAAUUAUGACUCGUUAUUAUUUAGAUUCAAUCCUACAAGAAAUUCAAGAACAACUUCAAGAAGUUGGUAAACUUCAUAUAAAUGAUUUAUCAAAUAGAUUUUCAAUUGGUGUUGAUUUUUUAAUUAAUUUAAUUGAACAAAAUUUAAAAAAAUUUAACCGUUCAUUAAAUAAUUCAACAAAUAAUAAUAAUAAUAAUAAUAAUAUAUUAUUAAAAAAUAUUAUAUUUGAUAAUCAAGAAGUACUUUAUACUCAAUCACAUAUUAAUAGACAUUAUCAUAAAGUUAUUGGACUAUUCUCAUCAAUUACUCAACCAAUUUUAAUUAAUAAUGUAAUUAAACAACAUCAAAAUCAUUAUCAAUUAAAUGAAAGAUUAGUACGUCAACAAUUACAAGAAUUAAUUGAAAAUAAAAGAAUCAAUGGUUUCAUUCAAGGUAAAGCUAGUAAUGCUGAAUUUAUUCCAACCAUUUUCUCACAAUCUAGAUUAAAAUGGAUUGAUUCAUUCUAUCAUCAAAAUCAAUUCAUAACAUUUGAUUCAGUUUCAAAAUUACAAAUUAAUGAACCUCAAUCAUUUUUAAAAAAUACUUUUACUGAUGGUUUAUUAUUACAUUCUUGUUUUAUUCAUAAAUCUUUAAUUGAUAAAAUUGAUGAUAAUAUUAUUGAAAUUAUUGAAAAUUCAAAUUGGUUAGAUUUAAUUCCAUUAUUACCACCAUUAACAGAUAAAGAUAUUUCAAUGAUUGUUUCAAAUUGUCCAAAUAUGAAAACAAAUAAUGCAAUACUUUUAGGUAAUAGUUUUAUAAUUAGUAAAUCAUUUGUUGAUCGUUGUUUUACAUUACUUCAAAAAACUAUUCAAGAAAGAAUGGAAAAACAACAAUUAAUUUUAGAAAAUAUAGCUUCUUCAAAUAUUAAAAAACAACAACAAUCAAAAUCUGAAAUUAUUGAUCAAAAAAUUGAAACAACAACAACAACAACGACAACAACUCAACCAUCAAAAAAGAAAGAUAAUUUAAUUAAUUCAGAUGAUGAUGAUAAUCAAGAUAAUAAUAAAAAAUCAUCAAAAGGUAAAAAUAAAAAAUCAAAACAACAACAAUCAUCCAUACAAAAAUUAAUUAAUGAUUCAGAAGAUGAUUAUAAAGUUUAUAAUAAAAAACAAGAAAAUAAUAAUAAUAAUAAAAAAGUUGAUCAUUUAAAAGAAAUUAAUCAAUUAUUAAGUAAAUGGUAUGAAAAUAUGGAAGAGGAAUUAGUUGAAUCAUUAUCACAAUAUCUUAGACCAUUAGUUAAUCAAUCUUGGGAAUCAAUGGUUAAAGAAGCUAAAGAGAAAUUAGAAAAUGAAACACAAAAACAAAGAAAACAACAACUUCAACAAUUAAAUAGUCAAUUCUUUUCUUUAUAUAAUAGUUUUUUAUUAUUUAGAAAGGGUUUACAAUCUUUAAACGACGCUGAUGAUGAUAAUGGAAAAACAAUUAUAGCAUUAGAAAAACAUUUAUUAAAAACAGUUGGAAUAAAUAUAACAAAUCUAUUGAUUGAAAUUAAUGCAAACUAUCAUAUGUUAGAUAAAACUACAUUUGAAACUCCCUCUGAACGUUCUUUAAUCCUUUCACAAUUUCCACCACAAUUAUCAAAAAGUUUUGAAAAAUUAAUUCAAUCUUUAAAUAAAUCAACUUUAAAUGAUUUCAUUGAUUCAUUAGAAAAUGUUUGUUCUCAAUCUCAAAUUAAAUUAAAAUCUUUAGAUAAAAAAUUAGAAAAACAAUUAUUAAUUGAAAAUCAAAAUGAAUUAGAAGAACAAUUUUUAAAUGAAAUAGAUGUCGGUAAUCAAUUCCAAAUUAUUGUAAAUUUAAUGUAUAUUAGAUAUAAAAAUAAUUACAUUUUCUCCCCACCACGUUUAAUUGGUAAACUUGUAUCAACUUUAGUUAUGGACACUUCAAUUGAUAAAGAAAUUAUAACAAGAUUAACAAAACUUCAUCAAGAAAUUGUAAAGUUAAUUACAAAUAAUAAAUUAUCAAAUCAAGAUAAUGAUAAUGAUAGUACUGAAUUGAAUGAUCAUAUAAAAUUCUUUAAAGAUUUAAUUUUAAACUAA